AAAUAUUGUUUUUUAGUUUUUUUUUCUAGACAAAUUUUUCUUUCUCUUACAUGAAUCAAUUUCUGGUCAUAAAAUUUAAAAGUUCUAAUAUUAAUAUUUAAUGAUGUGCAAAAACGAUAUUAGAGUUUGAUAAAGUUUAAAAUAUAAAAAAAUUACCAAGUUUUUUAUAUUUAAAAAAUUUAUUGUAUUAGCCAUAUUUUUAUAAAUUAAUCAAGGUUGUUGAAAAGCGCCAAAGCUAUUGGCGUAAGUAAGGUUAUUAAAAUUUUAAAUAAUGUCUGGUUUUGGUAAUCCUGCAACAACUACAACAGCAGCGUUCUCAUUUGGGACUGCAACCCAUACGGGAAGUAUAUCACAAGGUCAACCUGCAUCCGCUGGUUUUAAUUUUGGGACAAAUACAAAUACAGCACAAAAUGCACCUUCCCUUCCAGGAUUUAAUUUUGGAACACCUACAACAACAGUUGCUUCAUUGCAAGCAACUAUUCCUCCUGCUAAUACAAAUCAGCCAACUACAGGAUUUAAUUUUGGUGGAAUCCAACAAACACAAAAUCAACCAACGCAAAAUCAACCAAAUCAACCAACGCUUGGAACGGUUGCAACACCAGCAUUUACAGGUUUCGCACCACCAAAAACUACUGCCCCUGCCGUAACCACAAAUUUUUCUUUUGGCACUGUGGCAACUGCAACAACGUCGACGGGAUUUUCUUUUGGAUCUGCCCCAGCAUUAACUAGUACAACCUCAGCUAGUCUUAAUUUUGGUACAACAACGACAACUGCCACAUUAGGUACAAAUUUAGGUAGUACCUUAUUCGCUGCCAAACCAACUACAACAACCACUUCUGCUUUCCCAACUUUAGGUGGUGCUUUAUUCGGAAACACAAAUGCUUUGGCUCCACAGCAGUCAGCACCAGGUCCAAAUUUGGUCGCUACAUCUGUUGCACCUGCAGCAUCUGCAGGAUUAGGAGGCGUGGAUUUAAAUUCUACGCAACCAAAAAGCUCUGAAGGAAAACAAGACAUUAAGGUCAAAGAUAUAAUUAUACCUCAACCUAUUCGAGAAACAGUCGAGAAUUUGAAGAAUUUUAUAAAGCAACAAAAAUCAAUUAGUUCAGAUAUAGCUAGAUCUACUAUUAGGAAAUUGCAAAACGUUUCUGGGGAUAUUAAAACUUUGGAGUGGUCCUUACAAGAUAUUUCAAAUUGUGUUGAAAAAAAUUAUGGUCAAAUAAAAAAUUUACGUUUAGAUACAUCCAAAGCAAUUCAGAGUGUUGAAAUGGCCCAACGAACUCAUGAAACACCAGUCGGAUUACAAUUUGAAAACACAAUGCCAUUGCAAUACUUUCAGGAAUUAGUUCAUAAAUAUGAAACAGAUAUGAUCGCAUUUCGAAAUCAAGUGGAGCUAACAGAAAAACAUAUGCGUUCAUUAACUUGCCCACAAUCAUUUUCUCCUGAAGAUCUUAAAAGGGGUUUACAACAAAUUCAUGAAAGUUUUAUUGCUUUAGCUGGACGUUUACAUGAGAUUCAUCAAAAAGUUGAAGCACAAAAAGAACAAUAUUUAAAUUUAAGAAAAUAUUAUUUACGCGAUACUACAAAUGUGUUUUCAGAAUUAGAAACUGAUAACAAUGAUCUUGGGGUUUCAAAUAUAUCAUCUGGACCAACACCAUUUUCCGGUUCAACUGGUAUUAUGUGGCAAAGUAAUCGCAAUAAUAAUACAACAUCGCCAUCUAAUAAUUUAUCAACAUUUGUUAGUGGUACUCCACAAACAACGGGAGCUGGUUUGGGAUUGUUAGGUAAUAAUAUCAGCACAGGAUUUGGUGUUAAUAAUAAGCCGUUAUUUGGUACUGGUACCUUCGGAAGUGCACCUGCAUUCAAUUUGCAAAAUCCUCCAGCUGGAGCUAAGCGGAAUAAGCAGUAGCGAUUACUCUUAAUAAAAUAAAUUGAAAAAAAAUAAAGAAUUUUUUACAUGAAACAUUAUUUUAGUCUUUUAAAUAUUA